GGAGUUCACUCGCAGUGUCCGGCUGGUCUCAGGUAAAAUGAGCUCACCUUUGUCUAUGCUGAAGAAAACGAGGCGCACUCCGCUGCAGGGCCCUCUGGACGAGCAACGAAUUUCAGUCAGCAUUAGUUGACAGUGCUGAUGAUGAUCCAUCUGAUACAAAUCCUCUCCAGUCCUCCCACACGCCAGCCAGCAAAGCCUCCACUUCAAAAUCAAAAGCCCCUUUAAAGAAAGGUACAAGUUAAUACAGAGUUAUUUAUCCCAGUGUGAAGUACAUUUUUUUGAUUUGCUGUUAUAGAAAACAAAGCUAACUCUAACUCUGAUAAUCAGUUGCUCCACCAAGCGACUUUGAGCUCAUGUCUGCCAUGAUGCAGCGGGUGAACCUGCUGGAGAAAAAAGUGAGGAGCCAAGCGCAGGAGAUCGAGUGCAAGAAUAAAAAGAUCUCCGUUUUGGAGAAGAAGCUGAAGGUUUGGAAAGAAUCAGGGAGUGCACAUGAUCUGAGCGGCAGAGAGGAUCUUGAAAAAAGGUGCCAACAACUGCAGAACCAAGUGCAUGAAAUGGAGAGCUUUCUAAAUGACUAUGGUUUGCUCUGGGUGGGAGAUGGGGAGACCAGUGACUCAGAGGACUGUGCGCAGACAUACAGCUCAGGUAGAGGCCUCUGGCAGCCAGGCAUCUCCGGGGUCAGGGAUUUCUACAUGAACUUUGACCUUGUGAUGCUGAGGAUCAUGGAGCUGAACAUCCUCGCAGGGGAGGGAGAGUCUUUUGUGCAGUCGACAGCCACGGGGGCCCAGCUGGCAAAAAAGGAGCCUAUUCAACUUAGGCUCUACAGCAAUGGCAUUGUUAUGUUUGAUGGUCCUUUCCGCUCUUAUCAGGAGCACAGCACCCAGCAGUGCAUGCGUGAUCUGAUGGACGGGUAUUUUCCAUCUGAGCUUCAGGAAAGAUUUCCAGAUGGUGUUCCUUUUGAGGUGUGUCUCCGUUUCUUUCCGUUUGCCUGUCAGCAAAUGUGCAAAGUUAUGACUUAUCAAAAACUUACUGUGCAGGUUCAUGACAGGCGAGAUGAAGAAUUUAUCUUCAGGCUACCGUGGGAGAAAGAUGAUUCAUCAUGUGUUGCCAGCUCUCAAAUACCUGGCAAGACAGUGACCAUGGAUCAGUUCCUGAACAGGCUGCCGAAGGUGGUGGUCAAGGCUGGUCGCGUGAUUGAUGUCAGGGACUCACUGAGAGCAACCCUGCAGGGUUCAUCUGAUGUGCAGAGCAGCGAAUCAGUGGUCUUCAUAGACACAGCCGCACUGCAGGCAAUGAGAGAGAGACUGGAGACAUCCAGCUCUGACAGGCCAUCGUCACCCCGUGAUGUCAUCACGCUCAAGGUGAAGUCUGAGGAUGGGAGUCAUACUUACAUCUUGAAAAUGUGCUUCUCAGAAACAAUCGGCCACCUGCGACAGUAUCUGGACAAACACAGAGGCAGUGGUCUCCCUGGUUACGACAUCAUCAGCGCGUACCCACCAUGCUGCUAUGAUGACGACUGCAGGACGCUCCCAUCAUGUGGACUCACGACUAAUGCUACUCUGCUGCUGCGAAGGAGACAUUCAUUGACUGGAGUCAAUCAAAUAAACCUAUGAAAAGUCAUAUGACUUGUAAGGCACUUUUUUUUUUUUUUUUUUUUUUAAAUCAGCCUUUUUCACAGAAGACGUGUCAGUCAUAGUAAGAACAGUACAGGUGUUCAAGUGUCCCCUACAGUGAGCUGCGAUGCACAGUACCAGGCCCCUGAAGCUGAAGCAGCUAAAUGGAUUUGCUUUUCCUACUCUGUCAAAAUGGCUUCUGUGAAAAAGGUCCACCCUUGAGUGACAGAAAAUCCUGUUAGUGACACAGAUGUGGAUGCAUUGAUCAAACUGAUACCAAUUCCAAUACCUUAAUUCCAGGUAUCUGCUGAUGCCAAGGGUCUUUUUUUUCCAAAAGUAGAAUCUGUCAAUCUCACAGCUUUGAAAGUCAUUUGGAUCAUUUUUAUGUAGCAGGAGAACUGAGCCGUUUGUCCACUGAAACAUUAUGCUUUAUCCCAAUGACAAAAGAAAAAAUAUUUUACGUGGAGCGGUCAUGUCAAGGUUGAUACCUGAUCUGCUUAAUAAGAUGAGUAUCAAGGCCAACGCGGAUCCAGUGUAUUGAAUCAGUGCAUCCCUAGCUAUAGAAAGCUAUUUCUCCUGGUUCUCUGCACAGAGAGAAUAAAAAGAAUGCAGUUACAAACCAAUGAGAAUGAAAUAAAACAAAAUCCCAAACAAAUUAAAACAAAACAAAAUGUUGAAAAUCUUUAUUUCUAAAAUAUGCAAAUACAAACAAGGACAAAGGUAUGAAAAUAUAAACAUCUUUUUCCCUUUCGCAAAACAUUUGAGAUGUUAAGGCAUGCGGAACCUGACUUUUCCAAAGAUAAAUCUUGUGCUACACGAGGUUAAAGGUCCCAUGAAAUGAAAAAUGGCUUGUGUCCCUGGGUGUGUUGUUCGGUUUAAUUUGUCAAAAAGUCAUUGUUGCAUAUUUUUAUAUUAAAAUCCCUUACUCUUUG